GGUUACUUCCAGAAGAUAUCUAUAAUGCUACCAAACUUGAAGAAAUUGCAAUACCUCUAAAUUCACUACGUGGAGCCAUUAGUGAUAAAAUUGUCAACCUCACCAACCUUGCAAUCCUUGACCUCUACAUUAAUCAAUUGAGCAGGGAGCUUCAAGAUAUCUAUAAUGCUACCAAACUUGAAGAAAUUGCAAUACCUCUAAAUUCACUACAUGGAGCCAUUAGUGAUAAAAUUGUCAACCUCACCAACCUUGCAAUCCUUGACCUCUACAUUAAUCAAUUGAGCAGGGAGCUUCCUUUCAAUUUGGGGAGGCUCUCCAAGUUGAAGUUUGUGAACCUUGAUUUCAACAAUUUAGAAGGUGCUUUGCCUCCAUCUUUGAUGAAUUGCACAAACCUCAUAGAACUUCAUUUGGCUUUCAACAACUUGGAAAGAGAUAUCUCCAUGCUUGAUUUCUCGAGACUUAGUCACCUUACAAAACUUGACUUAAGGGGGAAUAACUUCACUGGUACGUUGCCAGUAAGCCUUUACUCAUGUAGGUCCCUAAAAGCCAUUGGAUUGACUGGAAAUCAUCUAGAAGGACAAAUACAAGCCGAGAUUCUUUCAUUGAAAUCCUUGUCCUUCCUCUCGCUUGGUUACAACCGAUUCACCAACCUCACAGGGGCAAUGAAGAUAUUAAUGAGUAGCAAAAGUCUUCACACACUCUUGCUUACUGGUUCCUUUGUAGGUGAGGGAAUGCCUUCUGAUGAUGACAUGGUUGAUUUUGAUGGAUUCCAAAAUCUUGGGAUGUUGAGUUUCGCCUAUUGUAACCUCACCGGUCAAAUACCUAUGUGGUUAUCAAAGCUAAAAAAUCUAGAGAUCUUGAGUCUAAAUGUUAAUCAAAUCACAGGGCGAAUUCCAAGUUGGCUAGGGACUCUUCCUAGACUGUUUUAUAUCAACUUGUCACACAAUCGAAUUUCAGGUGAAUUUCCAAAGCAACUUUGUAGACUACCAAGUUUGGUUCAUGGACCUAUUGCAUCUCAAGUAGACCAAUAUGAAUUUGAAUUGCCUCUCUUCAAAAUCUCAGAUAGAGGACAAACUUAUCCACCGCGCAGAUUGUCUUACUUUCCAGGAUUCAUAGACCUAUCUCACAAUAACAUUUGUGGAGAUAUACCUAUUGAGAUCCGCCAAUUGCAGCUUCUCCGCGAAUUGUAUCUUAACUCCAACAACUUCGCUGGCGUCAUUCCAGACCAAAUAUCCAACCUAAAAGAUUUAGAGGUUUUGAACCUCUCCAUGAAUCAUUUGUCUGGAAAAAUCCCAUUGUCUUUGGUGAGCCUUAAUUUUUUGAAAAGGUUUGAUGUCUCAUACAAUAAUCUCCAAGGACCAAUACCAACAAGCACUCAGAUCCAAAGCUUCAACGCUUCUUCCUUUGAGGGGAAUCCAAAACUUUGUGGUGACCCGCUUCCAAACAAGUGCGGACCAAAUAAGGGCAUUGAUGAAGAUAACAAGAACAACAAAGACAGUGACAAUGGGCUUCAUCAACUUCCAUGGUUUUAUAUUUUCGCUGCAUUGGGGUUCAUAGUGGGAUUUUGGGGAGUCUGUGGUUCUUUAGUUAUUAACAAGACAUGGAGAUACACAUAUUUUCAAUUCAUCGACACGAUGAACAGAAGGCUUAGAGGCUAA